AUGCAGACGUUUCAAGCUGGAUUCCCACAGACCCGAAGAGAGCCACCUACCGAAGCUGGAUUUCCACAGACCCGAAGAGAGCCAACUCCCGAAGCUGGAUUUCCACAGACCCGGAGAGAGCCACCUCCCGAAGCUGGAUUUCCACAGACCCGAAGAGAGCCACUCCCGGAGCUGGAUUUCCACAGACCCGAAGAGAGCCGCCUCCCGAAGCUGGAUUUCCACAGUCCCGAAGAGAGCCGCCUCCCGAAGCUGGAUUUCCACAGACCCGAAGAGAGCCAACUCCCGAAGCUCGAUUUCCACAAACCCGAAGAGAGCCAAUUCCCGAAGCUGGAUUUCCACAGACCCGAAGAGAGCCACCUCCCGAAGCUGGAUUUCCACAGACCCGAAGAGAGCCAACUCCCUCAAAAUGUAUUAAGCGGGUUUAAAUCGUGA